CGGAAGUGGAGGUUACUGGCAAAGUCAAAAUAUGUAAUAAAGUUCACUCGUCGUUUGCUCAAAGAAACUAAUAUUAAGCUGCCUUUUCUUUCAUUUUCCACGGAUUGCGUUGACAGACAUUGUUACAGGGUGACACUGAUUGUUUUCUGCUUGAGACCGUUGUGCGCUAGAUAAUGGUCUGGAGCCUUUGUCGGAUGCUGACGAGCUGUAAAACUCUGAUCCCAUGUGUUUUAACGCAAGAGAGCUGUGUCCGCACCUUGGUGAGUUCAUCCAUUUGCAGAUUAAAGCCUCGAGACUACAGCUUGCCAAACUCCUCAUGGAGCCCAGAAAUGAUGCGAUUGUACGAACACUACAGCAGCCAGUGUGAGGUGGAGACAGAGACUGGUGAAAAGAAAAAAGGACCAUGGUUUAAAGUGCCUAGUUACAGCAGGUUUCUGACGCAUGCCACAGGUGGAGUGAUUCUUAGCAAAAUAUAUCAUGCAAAGGCCAGAAUUUUUACACGUAACAUAAAAACACCGGGCGCUGCGUUUGAAUUUGCUAUGUUUAUUAACAAGGAAGAAGAGAAGUGUGACUGCGCUCUACAGGUUGGACAUUUACUUGAGGGGCCACCUGGGCAUGUCCACGGAGGGGCGAUAGCCACUAUGAUGGACGAAGUGAUGGGAGCUCAGGCCACGUUCAUCGCUGGACCGUGUAUGACUGCCAACCUCAGUAUUAAUUACCGCAGCCCUGUACCAUUAGGGAGCACAGUGUUACUUCAGUCUUCCCUGGUUAAAAGAGAAGGCAGAAAAAUCUCUCUGUCAUGUAAAGUAACCAGUCCAGAUGGCUCCAAGUUGCACACGGAAGCGACAGCAUUGUUCCUGGUGAUAAGGAUUGGCCAUCUACUCUGAGUCGACUGAGAACAUGAAGUUGUGCGCUUUUAUAUAUUUAGUAUGUCUAUUAACAGGAUGUUUAACUGAUGAUAAACAGGAUGUGUUGCUUAUAGAUGAUGUGAGAUCGCACAUAGAUGUGUGGUUUCUUCACAGCAUAUGCCUGUUGGUCUCUUAAGGGCCCCUCACGUCUUUACCUCAAGAAUGUGUGUGUCGGUUUUUGUGUGUGAGGAUGAUUGAACACUUGUUUCCACUGAUGAAUUUUGUGGACAUUAUUCAAGACAAACGGGUAACAGUGUUACAAUAAUGCAUUGAUAUUACAUCAUAUCGUAAUACCAUCUUUUACAUAUAAGUGGCAAAGAUCAAGGCCGGAAGACUUCCUUGCUUUUUUUUUUUUUUUUUUAACAGUUGUUGAAAACCUGGAAUUAAAAACACGUCAAUUGCCUUCUUUUACUGGAUCUUUGACCUUCUACUAAACAGAUUAGCACUCACCGGGGUCUGGUUCGAACACGCUCUCUUCCUCAAUGACUUGUUUUCUGCCAAGACAACUGGAUAAAGUAUUGUUUGGAGUGUUAGUUGUGUUCCAAGUUAUUUUAAGGCCAGUUAGGAUAGAACUCAGAUCCUUCUCCAGGUGGAGCAGUUCAAGUAUGUUUUCUGGAGUCAAGGAUGGAUGUAGGGUGAGAAUGCCAUACUGUUGUAGUGACCAAAGAGCUGAGCCAAAAGGUAACCUGUUUUU